AUGUUGCUCAUAUUCGCACUGCUGGCUUCCGUCGUAGCUUCUUUCGCUGCACAAGGCGAGAGUAGCCCACUUCCGCCAGAUGCUAAGAAGGCACUCUAUUAUAUCGCAGUUUGGAACGAAUCUUUGGAGCGUUACGCAUUACAGUGGAUAACUACGCCGAACAUUGUGAAGACUGACGCGACGAUAAAGGAGAAGCAAUGCUUCAAGAAGACAGAUAAAACGUCGUGGUUUGACAAAACGCUGAAGGCCUUUGGAAACCAAAUCAAGGAGAAUAAAGAGGACGUGAGUCUAACCUCAAAUGUUAUUCUGGUCUCAAAUAUUAUUCUAGAUUUUUUCUUUUAA